AUGCCUGCUGAUGAGGGUCUCGGCGACACGAAUGAAGAUUUCUCCCAAAACAGGACUCGAAAGCGUCGGAUCGAAAACCGUUCUGAGUCAAGCUAUCCACGGAAGCGAGCUUCUCAGGCUUGCUUCGUGUGUCGCGCCCGCAAGUCACGAUGUGACAAUGUGCGCCCCAAGUGUGGCUUCUGUAGGGAGAGUGGUAACGAGUGCGGGUAUCCCGGCACGGAAUUGGCAAAGAUUGACACGGCCUCCUUGCUGAUUCUUGACCAUAUUGCGCGAUCCGAAUCGAGGCUCUCGGCGCAGAUAGCAAGUCUUCAAGGCGGUACACCUGCGACGAUGUCGGAGAAUUCUCUCGUGGAAGCGCCUGCCAGUGUAUUAUCACCACGUUCCAAGGAGUGUUCCCAGUUUAGCCAUCCGCGCUAUGGGCAUAGCGGCAUCAACGGCGAUAGCAUCAUGACCUGGCCCGUCAUUCUUGAUGUGUUGCAGGCCCUGCCCGAGGUGGGGAAAUGGAGGGCAGAGCCAUCUAACAACAGGCCAAACUGCAAACCACGACAUGAGCCGAGCCCCAGCAUCAUGUUGGAGAUCAAAUCAACAACCUCAGCCGACCUCAACAGCUACGACCGUGAGCGGCAACACCAGACGGUCGCGACGUCUAUUUGCCACCCAGACAGUCUAGAUCCAGAGCAGGAGCCAAUACUGAUUGAGAGCUACUUCGCCCAAGUGCACAGCAAAUCGCCUAUCUUUGAUUCCGAUUGGUUCAACAGCGUCCGCAUCCAGGUCCUACAACAGCGAUGGCAACCUUGCCACUACGCGGGCCCUAGCUCCAGCUGCGGACUGUGUCCAACGAGAAUAUGUAUUUAUCUCCUCGUCUUGGCUCUCGGUCACGUAACAGUGAGCGAAGAGAACCUUAUCCCCGGCAAGCCGUUGACACCGUCUCGCUAUUUCGAUUUCGCUUUAUCUUGGAUGGGGCCGACUUUGUAUCACCAGUCCGGUCUGUUGUGCCCCCGAGAGAUUAAUGGCGGCGACGGGGAAGAUAUGCGGGAGUGGAUAGAGAAGAUUCAGUGCUUGCUUCUCGCGGGCACACAUUUCAUGUGGUAUAUGCGUCCAUGGGACGCCCGGAAAGUCUUCAGUGAAGCAGCAAUGCUUGCUAAAACGAUCAUGCAUCUCGAUCAUUGGUCAGAUACGCCGGGAUCACACAUCACCGACCUCCGCUUCCGCGUAUGCUGUGCAACAGCUAAAGCAGAAAGCGAGAUUCAAGAGGAGAUAAUGGGAUUCGGGCCCGGCGGCAUGUCAAUACUUAGUUUCGCAGACCUAGAAAACCUGCCCAAACCGCCACCAGAUGCCGCAUUGAAUGGGCAAGGCAACGACUCUGUCAAAUCCCAGACUUGGUUCUAUUACCUCGCAGAAGUGGCUAGCUGGAAGCUCCUUGACCGUGUUUCCAAGACGCUCUAUCAAGAUAUACCACCAUCCCCAUCGUUGGCAGACCUCGUUGGCCUCUACCCCAUAGCCAGGGAGCUUGAAGUCCAAAUCCAAGAAUGGGCGUCGUCCUUACCAAUGCACAUCUUUACCAACCUCUCAAUGUUCCCCAAUGACAUACUCAACACAGAACUGUCUCAUCAUCUUGCAAACCGGCAUUUCCACGCCCGAAUCACCACGUUCCGGCCGUUCCUUCAGGCUAUUGUUCUCCAUAGCCCGGCGACAGUAGGCAGCAAGGACACCUAUGCGAUGGUGUCAAAUGGCGCUCUAAAGUGCGUGUUCGCGUGCAUAGAGUUCAUUGAGGCACAAACAUCCCCAAGGAGGCACUUUGGCAGCUGGCGAUGCGGCAGGGGCAUCUGGGCAGCUGGUCUGAGCGUCCUCGCCGCUGUUCUAGUCCCUGACCUCAAAUCCACUAUGGAGUGCCUGUAUCCGUUUUCUGGAUUGAAGGAUCCUGUAGGGGGUGAGAUGGCAGCAGGACCGUUGCUGGGCAGAGCGGAAGCAGCUCUAGGGAUGGCUGCUGGCUGGCUUUCGGCAUGGGAAGAAGAGAGCCCCAGCCUGAGACUGGCGGCCAUCACUCUCUGGACAGGGCUUAAAGAGGCUCGGGAAAGAGGAUUAUUCAACCAUAAUAUCAAGCCGUAG